UCGAAACUUAGGGUGAGGACGAUAAUCUGGAGAGGAAGUGUUUGCUCUAAAUGGUAUUCUGCAGGUAUUGCCUGCGGAUUAUCCGAUUUGACAGCCGGUUUGAGACCCAGUUCGUUAUUUCGGUCAAGUGUCUGUGAGGAUCACUUUCGCUGAUUUACCUGCCGAUGUGGAAUUCCACCUGUCGAUCGGAGAUUACAGAGAGAGAGGCGGCCGUGCAGAAUGCAGUCUCCCACCGCGAUCUCACGAACGACCAUCAACAGGAGUCGGUAGGAGGAGACUGCCCUCCCCAACUAUGUCAGAAACAUCAAGAACCGCUGAAACUUUACUGUAAGGCCGACAGGAAACUCCUUUGUGUGCUUUGCCGGGGCUCAAACGAACACACAAACCAUGACGUGGUGGCUGCUCAGGAAGCCGUCAAAGAGUUUAAGGAACGGCUUAAAGCAUUACUGAGACCCCUCCAGAACAGGAAGAAUGAAUGCAAAACCUCAAAAAGGAGCUAUGAGAAAACAUUAACUACUAUUCAGGAGCGAACUAAUGUGGCAGAGAAGCAAGUUAAGGAAACAUUUGACAAACUUCAUCAGUUUCUCGUUAAGGAGGAGAGAAAGGCCUUGCAAAAAUUGAAACAGGAAAAGAAGAAAAAGUGUCAGGCAACCAAUGGAAAAAUUGAAAAGAUAACUGAAGAAAUCGCAUCGCUUUCUGCUACCAUUCAGGAGCUUGAACAGAAGCUGAGUGAAAUGGAUGAAGUCAACUUUCUAAGGGAAUGGCCAGAAGCAGAGGAAAGCUACAGAGUGAACAGAGCUGCCAACAAUCCUGUCAGGGCUUGUCCUGUGGUGAAUGUGGGGAACUCCAUUGCUUCUCUCCAGUACAGAGUCUGGAAAAAGAUGCUAACCGUGAUCAAUACAGCUCCUGUCAUCUUGGACCCUCGUACUGCUCACCCUUAUCUUCUCCUAACUGAGGGGUUCAGCAGCGUCAGUCACACCUUGCAAAGGCAGCAGCCACUCCAUGACUGCCCAGAGAGAUUCAAUCCGUGCCUCUCUGUUCUUGGCUGCGAAGGCUAUAUGUCAGGGAGGCACCACUGGGAAGUGGUGGUAGGGAGAAAGACAGAAUGGGACUUGGGCCUGGCUGCAGAAUCCAUUAACAGGAAAGAUGCCAUUGACCUGAAUCCAAGGAAUGGAUGUUGGCUGAUAGCACUGAGGAAUGGAAACCAAUACAGGGCUGCUACGGAGACAUGGAAGCACUUAAAUCUGCAGGUGAAACCGAAGAAGAUUCAAGUCUGCCUGGAUUAUGAAGGAGGGAAGAUUUCCUUUUACAACGCAGAUAACAAGACCCUUAUCUUCACUUUCACUGAUCACUUCACCGAGAGACUCUAUCCCUACUUUAGUCCAGGCCUUAAUGCUGGGGGAAGGAAUGCUGAGCCACUGAUAAUCUGUCCUCGAAGAGUAACAAUUCAAGAAGAGUAGGUUUUGAUUUUAGUCAAUGGUGGAUAUGGAAAUUUUAAAAAGUAAUAGAUUCUGGAUUCAAUCAGCAUCCAUUGGGAGUUGGUUCUCAGCACUUUACAAGUGUGAAACCUCGAAUUUGACAUUUGACAUUUGACAUGACAUGACAUGGGGAUUCCUGAAAUCUUUUGCUUCAUUGCCAGCUCCUUUGUUGCCUUGUCCAUUCAUUACUUUGGUCAAUUAAUAAGAGCAUUAGACAUAGGAGCUGGGCUAGCCUAUUUGGCCCAUUAAAUCUGCUCUUGUCAUUCAAUCAUGGUUGAUUUAUUUUCCCUCUCAAUGCCAUUCUCCUGCCUGCUCCCUGUAACCUUUGACACCCUGACUAAUAAAGUACAUGUCAACCUCCACUUUAAAUCCACUUUUAAAUAUACCCAAUGAGUAUAGGCCCAGAACCAUCAGACACUCCUCAUAUGUUGACCUUUUCAUUCCUAGAAUCAUUUUCAUUGACCUCCUCCAGUCUCUAUACAAUGCCAGCACAUCUUUUCCUAAUAAAGGGUCCAAAGAGUUCACAAUACACCAAGAGCGGUCUGACCAAUGCCUUAUAAACAAAUCCUCAGGCAUUUACUUUCCUUACCACCAACUCAAUCUACAAGCUAACCUUUAUGGAAUCCUGCAUUAGGACUCCCAAGUCCCUUUGCACCUCUGAUUUCUGAACUUUCUCCCCAAUAUAAAAGAGUAUCUGCCUUUAUUCCUUCUAGCAAAGUGCAUUGCCAUACAGUUCCCAUGCAUCUGCCACUUUUUAGACUAUUCGCUCAAUUUGUCUAAGUCCUUCUACAGACUCCAAUUCCUCAACAUUACCUGCCCUUCUAACUAUCUUUGUCCGCAAACUGAUCACAAACCCAUCAAUUUCCCUGUAUGCUCUUACUAAUCAUGAACUAUUAAUCUUUGCAGAUUCACCUCCCUCUUGCUAAAGAAAUUUCUCCUCAUCUGUUCUGAAGGGGUGUCCUAUUCUGAAGCUGUGCCCUCUGGUCCUACAUUCAAUCUCACCUGCCUCCCAUCCUACAGCUCAUUCCUUCUCUUCCUUUGCCUUUGGCUCCACAUUGUUUUUGAAUGGUUGCAUUAGCAACAUGAUGAAGGGCUCUCUGACUGUCUGUGUCUGUAUGUCUCUUUCUCUGUCUCUGUCUCGAUGGCACUCAAUGAAAAUUGCAACAGAUACUGGAAAUCUGAAACAAAAAAAAAUAAAAUUCUGGAAACACUCAACAGGCCAACUCUGUGGAAGUAGAGUCAUAAAAUAUUUCUCUUGAUAUGUUAAAUUCAAGGUUUAGUGGUAAGCAAAUGCAAAGCACCUAUACUUUUCCUCUGUAAACACAAGUUCUGAUAACGGGCUGCACAAUUGAAAGAGUGUAAUCUUGAGAAAUUUGGUGAUUAUAAUAUGGAUUACAAUUCACUUUGUCAUUUGAUUUUGCAAAAUGCUUUUGAUUCACUUUUGUAAAUGUCCCAGUGACCGUGUCUGUAUCUUCUGGGGAAAUGAUUCAAUAUUAAAUCAAUAUUUUUCAGUGUCUCUUUCUUCUGACAUAAGGCUUGCCCUGGGCUGUCCAGUUUACCAAUGGCCGAUUGGGAUGCCAAGUGAAGAAAUUAGAUGGUAGAUUGAUGCAAUGUGUUGUUAUAUUCUGAUCCUCCUCGCCACUCUUUUUUGUGGUCACACCACAUCACCCAUGGCCUGUGCAGAUUGUGUCAAAGCCUUUAGCCAUCGUUGAGCAUACUUAAAGCCUAGACUCAUUUCAAUUGUAAAAUUUCAGGACAUUUACAGCAGUCAAGAGACCAUUCAGCCUUCUGAGUCUAUUCUGACUCAGACUAAUCCAGCAAGCACUCUCCUGAUGGCUCUGAAAUUUCUUUCUCAGCUACUUCCCCAGCAACCCUUCAAACAUUGCAAUUGAAUCUGCCCCAACUCUUCUCUCAGGCAAUGCAUUCCAGGCCCCAAACCAAUUGCUGAUUUUUUUUCCCUUGAAUUAUUUUUGGUUCUUUGACAACACAGCAGCAAACCUGAUAGAGACUCUGCCUCACAGCACCAGCGAGUUCAAUUCCCGUAACUGUCUGUAAGGAGCUUGUACUUUCUCCCCGGAACUCUUCAAACAAUGCAAAGACACGUGGGUUAGUAGGUUAAUUGAUCACAUGGGUGUAAUUGGGUGGCAUAGGCUUGUUGAGCUGGAAGGGCUUGUUAUUGUGCUGCAUCUUUAAAUAUAAAAUUAUAAUAA